AUGCAUAUGCAUCAUGUUUAUUUUUACUUGAAAGUCAUCAGUCUAAAAAGACUUUUAAUAAUUGGUCAAUAUCCUAAAAAUGAUAUAUGGCGUUUAUAUGAAAUACGUGAACGUAUUUAUACAUUAUUACAACGACCAAAUAAAAAUACAAAUUCAUUAAAUAAUGAACAUGUUAAUGAAGAACAAAGAAUGAUUAAUAGUUCAUCAAUAAUAUCAUCAUCAGAUAAUAUUCUUGUUGAACUUGUUGCAGAACAAUAUGCACGUACUAAACAAUCAUCAACAUUACCAUGA